GAGCCACAUGACGCAUGCGGAUGUUUGUGUCAGCACGAGCACGUGACGCGGGUUGAGUUAUGUCGCCGCUCCAGUUGAUAAAGAAUGACUCUGAACAUCACGGAAAUAAAACACACAAGCGAUAGCGAAACACAUCUCCGUCACUACAAGCUCAUCUGACGUGUGUGUGUCAUGGCUCCUGGUCAGAAGUGUGUGGUCCUCCUCUCUCUGCUGCUCCUCUCGCUCGCCCCGCUGCUCAUUCGCUGCUCCUCCUCCUCCUCCUCCUGUGGGCCGGGCCUCUCGUGGGCGGUGCGGCUCAGGUCCGGCUCGGCUCCGGCGGGAGACUCCCUGCACCGGCUGGCCCAGAGCGUGGCCCAGGAGGCGGGUCUGCAGAACCGGGGGCAGAUCGGGCAGCUGGAGGGACACUACCUGCUGUGCCCGGGGCCUGAGGGUGGCGUGGACCCCGGAUCGACCGCGGCGGCGCUGGACCAGAACCCUCAUGUGCUCUGGCACUCGCGGGAGCAGCUGCUGCGCCGCUCCAAGAGGAGCCUGACCUUCAACGACCCCAGAUACCCCAGCCAGUGGCACCUGCACAACGAGGUGAAGGACGGGAUGGACAUCAACGUGACGGGCGUCUGGGAGCGCAACAUCACCGGCGCCGGCAUCACGGUGGUCGUGGUGGACGACGGGGUCCAGCACACCCUGGAAGAUAUUCAGCCCAAUUAUAGUCCCGAGGGAAGUUACGACCUGAACUCGGACGACCCUGACCCCAUGCCUCAUCCCGACGGACACAGUGACAACCAUCACGGCACGCGCUGUGCCGGAGAGAUCGCCGCCGUGUCCAACAACAGCUACUGCGCUGUGGGAGUGGCCUACGGGGGGCGAGUGGCAGGCAUCCGGGUUCUGGACGGACCCCUCACUGACAGCAUGGAGGCGGUGGCGUUUAACAAGCACUACCAGGUCAAUCACAUCUACAGCUGCAGCUGGGGGCCGGAUGAUGACGGCCGGACGGUUGAUGGACCGCAUCCCUUAGGCAAGGCGGCGCUGCAGCACGGCGUGAUCGCGGGCCGCAAAGGGUUCGGCAGCAUCUUCGUUGUAGCCAGUGGCAACGGAGGACAGUAUGGAGACAACUGCAACUACGAUGGCUAUGCUAACUCCAUCUACACCGUGACCAUUGGAGCGGUGGAUGAGAAUGGCAGGAAGCCGUUUUACGCAGAGGAGUGCGCCUCUAUGCUAGCGGUGACCUUCAGCAGUGGCAGCAGACAACUGCGCAGCAUCGUGACGUCGGACUGGUCUCUGCAGAGUGGCACGGGCUGCACUGACGGGCACACGGGCACGUCUGCGGCGGCUCCUCUGGCCGCGGGCAUGGUGGCGCUCAUGCUGCAGGUGCGGCCCUGUCUGAGCUGGCGGGACGUUCAGCACAUCAUCACCUUCACCGCCACACAGCAUGACGCACAGGCGGACUGGAGAAGGAAUGGAGCCGGUUUCCAUCACAGCCACAUGUACGGCUUCGGCUUGCUCAACGCCUGGAGGCUGGUCAACGCUGCCAAGGUUUGGGAGUCCGUCCCCUUCUUGGUGUCCUACCAGAGCCCAGUGUUAAAGGCCAAUGAGAUCAUCCCAGCUCAUCCAAACACGCUCACUCAGACUUGGAAUGUCACGGUGUCUGACUUGAGGCAUUCGGGCAUGCAGACGCUGGAGCACGUGUCCGUCACCGUCACGCUGGCCCAUCCGCGGCGCGGGAACGUGGAGGUCACGCUCGUGUGUCCCAGCGGGAUGACCUCGCUGAUCGGGGCCAGGCGAGCGCUGGAUGUAGAUACGACUGGAUUAACAGACUGGACGUUUUCCACUGUGCGCUGUUGGGGAGAAAGAGCAGAGGGACAAUACAGCCUACAGAUCACCGACUACAGAGAGUCGACUGUGGCAUCGGGCGUUCUGAAACACUGGAAACUCACUCUGUACGGCUCAUCCCUGUCCCAUCAGCAGGUGAAAGAGAGGCGCAGAGUUGUGGAAGAGGCCAUGGGGGGCCAGUAUCUCCACAGCGGUUUUGCGCUGCCCUGUCCUCCCGGUAUAGAUGUCCCUCCUGAGCCCGUGAGCCCGUUCACCUCCAGCAGCCUGAAGUCUCUGCUGCUGCUGGGCUGCUUCGCCCUGUUCUGGGCGCUGUACUACACCCUGGAGGUCACCCUCACCCACUGGGACCGGGGGUCGAGAGGCCGAGCACUGCAGGCGGGGUCCACAGCAGGCCUGGAGGACAGUCAGGUGGUGGAGAUCCAGCCCGAGAUGGACAGCGAGUCCAAAGUGCCCCUCAUCGCUGCGGAUGAGAACACGUAGCACCGGGGAACUGGACCCUCGGUUCUCCAGUCUGGAAUUUCAGGUCGCACUUUGCUUUAGUUUGAGCAUGUGAGCAAACGCUCUUUAUUGAGUUGCCUUAUUUUGUUUUCUUGUGUAAGAGUGCCUGAUAAAGUGAGUGAGCCGUAUUUGAAACAUUUAUUGCAUAUAAGAUUGAAAGUGUGUGUGUGUGUGUGUGUGGUGACGGCUGUGUGAAAGAUAUGUUAUGGAGUUUAAUAUAAUGAACUUUUUUACGUACUUUUUUUUUCUUGGUCAUGAUUUAUUGAAUGUGUCACGGUUGGAUAAUUUCAGAGUAUAAAUACCUACAACACUUGAAUUUUGAGAAAAGGAAAGAGAUGGGUAAGACUUAUUUCGAGGGUCCCUUUUGCACUGCUGUUGACUGAGCAGGUUUAACUGUGGUGUUUAGUCGGCUGUGUGUGUGUGUGUGACGCUCCUGCUGACUGUAGGUCAUAUCUGUGUUAAAGGGGCCGUCGAGGUAAAGUGAAACGCAGAGAUGGUUUAAAGCUGACGUCUGCUUAACGGCAGUUGUUUUACUGAUUUUAGCCUGUUUUUUUUACACUGAAGUGUGGUAUUUUUGUGAACAAGAAUUCAGAUGUGGUUUCAAUAAAAACAAAAAGGGAAAGUG